CCGACCGCCCACCCUCUGACCGGGCACCUGCGUCUACUUGAGUCGGAGGCGAUCUAUGUGCUGCGGGAGGUUGCGGCGCAGUUCGAGCGGCCCUGUCUGCUCUUUUCCGGCGGCAAAGAUUCGAUCGUGUGCGCGCAUCUGGCGCGCAAGGCCUUUGCGCCGGGGCGGAUUCCCUUUCCGCUGCUGCACAUCGACACCGGCCACAACUUUCCCGAAACGUUGGCCUUUCGCGACAAACUCAUGAAAAGGCUGGGGGUUCGCCUGCUGGUGCGUUCCGUGCAGGAUUCGAUCGACGCCGGGCGCGUGCAGGAGGAACCGGACGGCGAUCCCAGCCGUAACAGGUUGCAGACCGUCACCCUACUGGAUGCGCUGACGGAGUUGCGCAUCGACGCGGCCGUGGGCGGCGCGCGCCGCGAUGAAGAAAAGGCGCGUGCGAAGGAGCGCUUCUUCUCUCACCGCGACGCCUUUGGCCAGUGGAAUCCCAAAAACCAACGGCCCGAACUGUGGAACCUUUUCAACGGCCGUAAACACAACGACGAACACUUCCGCGUCUUCCCCAUCAGCAACUGGACCGAGCUUGAUAUCUGGCAGUACAUCGCCGAGCAGGAGAUCGACCUGCCCAGCCUCUAUUUCGCCCACGAACGGGAGGUUGUGAAUCGGGAUGGGAUCCUGUUGGCGGUCGGGGCCUACGUCCGACCACGGCGGGGAGAAACGGUGAGUCGUGAGAGGGUGCGCUUCCGCACAAUCGGCGACACGACCUGCACGGGCGCGUUCCGCUCGUCUGCGAGCGAUCUGACGGAGAUCAUUGAGGAGGUCGCCACCGCCCGCAUCACAGAACGGGGCGACCGGGCCGACGACCGCCGCAGCGAGGCCGCGAUGGAAGACAGAAAGCGGCAAGGCUACUUCUAA